AUGCACUCCUCGACCAUCAAGGCAAAAACCGGCAAGACUGAGGAGCACGAGCGCCUCGUCGCCGAGAUGGAGGCUGAGCUCGGCACCUCUAUCACUUCACAGGAGGACCUCGACAUCCUAGGCACCAGCCCACAGGACAUUGUGGCCAACCUCAAGGCUGGCAAGGAAGGAUGGAGCUGUGAGCGUGUUAUGACUGUCUACAUCCGCUCCGCUUGCGCCGCGCACCGCAAGACCAACUGUCUCACGGAGGUAAUGUUCCACAAAGGCCUUGAGGAGGCUCGUGCCAAGGACGCCGCGCGAGCGGCCGGCGAGGAGCCCAAGGGGGCGUUCUGGGGCCUUCCCUCUUCCUUCAAGGACACAUACAACAUCGUGGGAGUGGACACGUCACUGGGCUGCACUCCACACUGCUUCCAGCCCACCACUGAUCCUGACAAGGAGGGCACGCUCGUCAAGCUCUGCCGCGCACAGGGCGGCAUUCCGUUUUGCAAGACCAACAUCCCGCAGACGCUACUCGCGUUCGAGAGCUCGAACCCGAUCUUCGGCGCCGCCUCGAACCCCUACUCGUCCGCGCGGACGUGUGGUGGGUCGUCGGGCGGUGAGGCGGCGCUCGUGACACUGCGUGGCACACCGUUGGGAUGGGGCUCAGACAUUGGAGGAUCGCUGCGCAUUCCCGCCGCUUACUCGGGAUGCGUGGCCCUCAAGCCCGCCCUGGGCCGUUGGCCGGGCGCCGGCCAGCGCCCCGUCGUGAAGGGCUUCGAGGGUAUCAAGCCUGUCGUGGGUCCGAUGGCACGCAACGUCGACGACCUGACGUUUGCGUCCAAGGCCAUGAUCGACGCGGUCAUGGAGAACAUAGAGAACCACGACUACGUGCAGGUUGAGAACGUCGUGCCACUCCCUUGGCGCGAGGCCAUGCUCCCAAAGCGCAUGCGCAUCGGAUACUGGCUCGAGGACGGGGUGGUCCGAGCUAGUCCUGCCGCCCAGCGCGCCGUGCGCGAAGUCGUGGCUGCACUCGAGAAGGAGGGCCACGAACUCGUGUUGUGGCAGCCGCCUAACGUUGCUGAGGUGCUAAAGAUUUUCGUUGCCCUCCUCAGCUUUGACGGGUUCAAGCAGCUCCUGUCCAACAUCGGAAGCGAUCCGAUGGAGCCAGCGAUGUUCCUCGUGACGCUGGGCCCGCGUCUCCCUGCGUUCGCUAGAUGGCUCGUCAACAACCUCGUGCACUACUUCGCCAGAGACCCCCUUUUCGCGAGCGUGUUCUCCGCGUCCAAGCGCAAAACCAUUGAAGAGUACGUGCACUGGGUUGACCAGCGCGACCAGUAUAUCAAGACGUUCCGCCGCGCCGCGUGGCAGGAGGAGAAGUUUGAUUUCCUGAUCUGUCCGCCUCAGGCUGUCCCGGCCCUUGAGCAUGGGCGUACCAAGGACCUCUCGCCCCUGUGCCUCGCCACCGUCAUGUUCAAUAUUGUCGACAGCACGGCCGGCGUGCUCCCGGUCACGCGAGUCGAUGCUGAGCGCGACGCCGCGCCGGCUAACUUCCUCGAAGGGAGUACGGGCUCGUGGAUCCUCGAGAAGAAGGUUUAUGGCGGCACCGAUCCCGCAUACGACGCAGCCAAGAUGGCGGGCCUGCCUGUCGGUGUGCAGGUUGUUGGUCGCCAGUUUGAAGACGAGCGCGUGCUCGCUCUCAUGAAGAUCAUCGAGGGUGCGGUGGCGUACGACGCGUAG